AUGGUGACAGUGAAGACAACUCACAAAGUAGAACCUGCUAAGCCAACUCCAAAUGAAGUCAUGUAUCUAUCAGAACUUGACCAAAUUAAGGCCGUGACUCAUGUGCGUACUGUCCAUUUUUAUGCUCCAACUACAGAUUUUCUCUAUUCGGAUGCAAUCCAAAUUCUGAAAGACUCGUUGAGCAAAGCGCUUGUUAUCUUCUACCCACUAGCGGGGCGCUUCCAUGAGAUUGGAGGAGGCCGACUUGAACUUCACUGCGAUGCCAAGGGAGCAAUUCUCGUCGAAGCUGAGUCAGAAUCAAGGAUUGAAGAUUUUGAAAUGCAUGUUGCGGUGGACUCUCUUGGCUUGGGCAUUUCCCAUGUUAUAGUAGAUGGCCCAUUCGCUUUCCAUUUUAUCACCGAAUGGGCGAAAAUUGCUCGAGGGGAGAAGACCGGUAUUCUCCUGGUACUCGACCGGACAAUUUGGCAAAUCGAAGAAUCACCUAAGUUUGAGCACACAGUAUUGGCACCACCUCCGCUCCUGCUAGGCCACUCAGAUAAUAUGGAGGAGCGAAAGAAGACAACAACAGUUACCAUUCUAAAGCUAAGCAAAGACGAAAUUAAUAAAUUGAAGGACAAGGCCAAUCAGGAUACGCCAUACAGAAAUACCUCCCGUCCAUUUAGUAGGUAUGAGGCAUUGACCGGACAUAUGUGGAGAUGUGCAUCCAAGGCACGGAGGCAUGCGGUGGAACAAAUAACGAGAUUACAUAUAGCGGUCAGCUUCAUAAAUCGAAUGCAGCCACCAUUACCACAGGGUUACUUCGGGAAUGCCAAUUUACGCGAAGCAGCGAUAAUCACAGCGAGGGAAUUACUUUCGAACCCUCUGAGUUAUGCCUCAAGUAAAAUACGUGAAGCUGUCGAAAGAGUAACAGAUGAAUAUGUAAGAUCAUAUCUUGGAGUUAUUAAGGCUCUACCAGACGUUUCUGUGCAUCGUAAUUUUCACACGAUGGGGUGUGCACUGGGCGGUUCCUAUGGAAACCCUAGAAUGAAAUCACAAGUUGGGCAUCUAUGCCUAUAUAUGAUGCUAAUUUUGGUUGGGGGAAAGUGA